AAGGUUAAAGUGCGUCGUAAGCUCAUUGUCGCUAUUCUGUGUACAGGUAACGAGCUUUCAAACCUCAAAUCCCCUAACCCAGUUCCCUCUGACGGUUUGGAAGGCGUUUGGGAUACCAACCGACCAUUACUGUGGGCAGUUCUCGAAGGAAUGGAAUACGGUAUCGAUGACCUUGGGAAUGUUGCUGACGAAUGA